UUUGCCACGAAAGCUUGGUGGAUAGCUCUCGAGCUCCGCAAGAUCACACUAGACACAAGUUGUCAUUCCGAUAUCGAGUCCCUCCACUUUUCGCUAUGCACACGGAAGAGGCGGAGUCAGUGAAACAUACGUCUGCGCCCGCAUCCCGUCCAUUUUACUAUUAAUACCGAGGUCAGAUUUUAGGGAACCAGCACUGCCUUCCAGGAUACAAUUAUAGAAUUACUAGUACUCCACUACAUUCUCCAUGUCGAUCUACAGUUGGACUGUCCAUCACCAAACUAUUUAACCCAAGCUUGAUCCCGGCGAAGAUCAGUCAACACAACCCCACAAAAUACCAUCAUCAACCCCAACCUCCCCAGCCACCACGCCACAACAAACUCUCAUACAAGAACCCUCACACAUCCACCACACCACAGCAGCAACAAUAACAACAAUACCAACAACAACAACCACCAAACAAAACCACCCUCAAAAUGCUCUUCACCACCAUCCUUGCCUCCACCAUCGCCCUGGGCAUGGGCGUCUCCGCAGCGCCUACGCCCGUCGGCGACACGCGCUUUGUGCAGCUCCGGCUCUUCGGCGAAUCCGGCUGCUCGGCCCUAAACCAGGGCGAGCUGGGCGUGUACGGCGACCGCAUCAACCAGUGCCAGAUCUUCCCCGGCCCGACCACCAUCAAGUCCGUGAGCUUCGAGUACAAGUACCAGGCAAACUGUACCUUGGCUGUUUACAAUGACGUCAGCUGCAGCGCCAAUCGCCAGGAAGUCGAGGUGAAGACCUGUCUUUCCGGCGAUGAGCAGUACGGCAGCUACAUUGUCGAGUGUCCCUCCCUUGCCUAAACCAAGAAGCAAGGGAUCUGGGACUUGCAUGUUCUUUUUUUAUCUUUUCUUAUGUGAAAUGUGACCCCACGAUGUGUGUGUGUGUGUGGACUCGGGAUGGGCCGGGAGAUGGGAUACGAUACGAUUCUUACUAUUUGACAUGAUUUGAUGUACAGCGAUGUAUAGUCUUAUAAUAACUUAUAUAUAUAAUAAUGAUGAUGAUUUAUGGGA